GCGGAGUCCAGCCAAGCCUAUCACUUAUCAGAGUUACACUACUAAUCAGUCAGAGUUCAACGGCAUUCGGCAAUUCCUCCCACUCUAGAACUCAACGCUUCCUCACUCUAUCUCUCGUUCAUCUUUAACAUUUCCCACCUCAUCCCACUCUACAGCCAUGUACGGGGCCGACGACGAGCUGUCCCUAGCGGUCGAUGCGUUUCUUACAGAAGCCAUGGGUCGUAAGCAGACACAAUCGCAGGGUCAAUCAGGGUCCUCUCGAAGAGGUUCUGCAGCCUCACAGCCAGGUCCUCAGAGUGACAAGUCGUUUGAGUGUACCCAUCCGGGCUGUAGCAAGAGAUUCACGCGUUCAGAACACUUGCAGCGACAUGCUCUCAAUCACUUGCCGGGCGGUUCUUCAUGUGACAUAUGCCGUGCACACUUCAAACGGCCUGAUUUGUUGAGGCGACAUAUGGAAAGACAUCGCCAGAAGGAUAUUGAGGCCGGAGGAACCGGCUUUGGCGUUCUCGAUACACGAAAGAGAUCUUGGGAAGCGCCCGACGGUACGGUCGUUGAAAAGCGGCCGUGUCGGAACAGCAACACGAAGGCCAAGGGUGCCAAGGGUUCAGGACAGAACCCUCAAGAAACACAACAAGUCCCAUCUCCAGAAUCCGAUCAAGCAGACACCACAAGGAAUCAAUCCCCGGGGCUGAUCACUUGGGGCCAUAAUGAAGGCCAGUCGGUAAAUGGAGUUGAUCUUCAUACCUCGUCCGACUUACAUAUCGAAGACUCCAUCUUUGUUCACUCGGCCACUGAACUGGUCACAGAGGACCACUUAGCAAACUUUACCACCUCAACCGACCCGUUCGAUCACAGUGAAGGCAUAGGCGAAUUUUCUUUCGACCAGCUCGAUCCCCUACUCCUCAACGACUCGUUCGUGGACACCGCAGCACUCGACUACACGCAAAACUUUCAACCAGACACUGCCAGCUCGUUUAACAUGCCCUAUACAACUGCUUUGGACUACAACUGGUUGUUUAACAUGAAUCUGAACCCAACAUCAACACCUCUCGCAAAAGCCAACGAGCAGUAUAUACCAUCUGCCCAGAUGUCGGAACCCGUCCAGAUAUUAUCACCAGACUCUAUCAACAGCACGCGCCGUUGGUCUGAGUCGGUUCAUUCUCACUCCAGUGAUACGAGACAAGAUUCUUCCGAUCCCCGGGCCCCAAUAUUGAAUCAGACCAAGACAGCUUCAGAGAACCUAGCCAGCUCUAGGGCAGAGUCUAGAACGUCAACGCAACAAAAAAGCGCUAAAAGCAUAAGGUCCAACGUCGCCCACGAUCAUCAAUAUGUCGAGGAACCGCAGUUCAACAGACCAUUCUCGAUGCUUGAGAAAGGUCCAUCGAUACCCAAGAUUGACGAAAGCGUGCGCAAACGAAUUCUACAGGUCGUCGAAGCUGCCAACCCAUCCUUACCUGAUUCUCGUCACUCCCUGUGGGAUGAGCCGCUAUUAUCACGAGACUCUCUACAAUCCUAUCUGGAAUUAUUCUUCGUCAGGUUCAAUACUGCCUACCCACUUAUGCAUCUUGCAACCUUUGAUGUCAACAGAAUGGAGCCUCUGCUCCUGAUCUCCGUCCUCCUGCUUGGCGCAACCUACUCGUCCAAAGAUGCCCAUCAGCUGGCUGUGUGCAUCCACGACGUUAUACGGCCUAGUAUCUUCUCCCAUGCUAGCUUUUCGGCUCGUGCGGAACUUUGGACUCUGCAGACCAUCCUCUUGGUGGAAUGCUUUGGAAAGUCUCGGGCUGGUCAGAAGCAGCACGACAUGAGUCAUCUCUUCCAUGGACUUCUCAUAAAUCUCAUUCGAAGAUCCGACUGCCAGUCAGUCCGCCCUCAAGGGCCACCAGCUGACUCCGCCGAUACAAAAGAGGGUGUAGUGCGAGAGGCUUGGAGACGAUGGGCCAUUGCAGAACAGAAGAAACGUCUCGCUUUGCUAUGCUUCAUGUGGGAUACACAACAUGCAGUCCUCUUCUGUCAGAGUCUUUGCAUGUCUGCAUUUGAGCUUCGUCUUGAACUGCCAUGCUGCCAAAGAGUAUGGGAAGCUUCAGAUCCAAUAUCCUGGGCUAUGGCAUGGCGUUUAUCAGCCUGCGGUUCCCAGCCGACUUUUUACCUUCCCAGUCUCAAAUCCUAUCUCGGACCAUCAGUGCCGCGCCCACAAGCAUUGACGGGAUUGUCUCACGUACUUAUGCUGCAUGGUUUGAUGUCAAUAGCAUGGGAUAUGCAACGUCGUGACCAGACAGCGCUCGGAGUAGUGGACGGUGAUGCACCCGGUUCGAACUGGCGAAAGCUCAUAGGGAACGCGUAUGAUGCCUGGAAAGAAGACUUCGAUGCUUACAUAACCUCAAUUAUUUCUCGACUCCAGAAUACAUCCGAGGACCAGACCAGAAGGAGCGAGUACGUAGCGUUUGCUACAGCGUACAAUGCUUUAUUUCACUCGGCGCAAGCACUUCUUCAUAUGGAGUUUCUCGAUAUACAAAUCUACGCUGGUGCUCGCCAUAUAUUAGGCCGACCAGUUCAGCAGAAGGACUAUCGCCGAUCCGCAAAGGCGGUCAAACAGUGGGCUUCUUCAGUGACAGAACGACCAAACAAAGAUCAAACCUCCAGCACCGAACAGAAUACGAGAAGCCGCAAGAAGCCAGCCUCUAUAGCUGCAUGGCAUGCGGCCCGCCUGCUUCAUGAAAACACCAAAGUGCUUACGCGUUCAGACGCCAUGCAGCUCUUUCACGUCCCCUGGUGUUUGUACCUAGCCACUCUGGCAUGCUGGGCGUUCUGCCAUGGUCAGCCGCACAGAGGUGGUAUACCUGACAUGGAAGAGGAUGCUGAUGAUAGCGAUGAUGAGAGCGAUGAGAUCAUCUGGAAUCCUCGCGGAGAAAUGCAUAACCUUGUGUCAAGAAUGGCUCAAAAUGGACCUCAAGAUAUGGAUGUGAAGACAGGUCAACACCGACAGAUCGUCGGGCUUGUGUGGACUAUGGCUGAGACAUUGAGUAAGGUUCGGUGGGGUAUCUUGCAUGCUGGAGUUGUCGUGUUACGGGGGUUAAUACCGCAAAGACUUAUUAACCAGUAUGAUGAGCCACAUGAUGAGGCCUUUUAAAUCAGAUAGACUCAUUUUAAUAGAACUGUAGUAUAAUUAUGCUACUGCAGUCACUGAUUGACGGUUAAGUCUUAAAUUGAGUUAUUCAUUA